GCGUGGCGGCGGCGGCCGCGGCGGGAGCGCCCGCGGGGCCGGAGGGCGCCCGCGGCUUCCGGUUCCGGUGUAACGUUUGGGCUCCGUCUCCCGGGCUGAAGUUUGUCUGAGAAUGGCUCUGUCGAAGCGGGAGCUGGAUGAGCUGAAGCCAUGGAUCGAGAAGACAGUGAAGAGGGUGCUGGGCUUCUCGGAGCCCACGGUGGUCACAGCAGCGCUGAACUGCGUGGGCAAGGGCAUGGACAAGAAGAAGGCAGCUGACCACCUGAAACCGUUUCUUGAUGAUUCUACUCUGCGAUUCGUGGACAAACUGUUUGAGGCCGUGGAGGAAGGCCGGAGCUCUCGGCAUUCCAAGUCCAGCAGUGACAGGAGCAGGAAACGAGAGCUCAAGGAAGUAUUUGGAGAUGACUCCGAGAUUUCCAAGGAAUCGUCAGGCGUGAAGAAGCGGCGGAUACCCCGCUUUGAGGAAGUGGAAGAGGAACCGGAAGUGAUCCCUGGGCCUCCCUCUGAGAGUCCCGGCAUGCUCACCAAGCUCCAGAUCAAGCAGAUGAUGGAGGCGGCUACGCGGCAGAUAGAGGAAAGGAAAAAGCAGCUGAGCUUCAUUAGCCCCCCGACGCCUCAGCCAAAGACUCCCUCUUCCUCCCAACCAGAGCGACUUCCCAUUGGCAACACUAUCCAACCCUCCCAGGCUGCAACGUUCAUGAACGAUGCUAUUGAGAAAGCCAGGAAGGCGGCGGAGCUGCAAGCCCGCAUCCAAGCCCAGCUGGCACUCAAACCGGGCCUCAUUGGCAACGCCAACAUGGUGGGCCUGGCCAAUCUCCAUGCCAUGGGCAUUGCCCCUCCGAAGGUGGAGUUGAAAGAUCAGACUAAGCCCACACCGCUGAUCCUCGAUGAGCAAGGUCGAACUGUGGAUGCCACAGGCAAGGAGAUUGAGCUGACACACCGAAUGCCUACUCUGAAGGCCAAUAUUCGUGCCGUGAAGAGGGAGCAGUUUAAGCAGCAGUUGAAAGAAAAGCCAUCGGAAGACAUGGAGUCUAAUACCUUUUUUGAUCCUCGAGUGUCAAUCGCCCCUUCCCAGCGCCAGAGACGUACUUUUAAGUUCCACGACAAGGGCAAAUUUGAGAAGAUUGCUCAGCGGUUACGGACAAAGGCUCAGCUUGAGAAGCUGCAGGCAGAAAUCUCCCAGGCAGCUCGGAAAACAGGCAUCCACACUUCUACCAGACUGGCACUGAUCGCCCCGAAGAAGGAGCUGAGGGAAGGGGACAUCCCUGAAAUUGAGUGGUGGGACUCUUACAUCAUCCCGAAUGGCUUUGACCUUAGAGAGGAAAAGCCCAAGAGAGAAGAUUAUUUCGGAAUUACAAAUCUUGUUGAACAUCCAGCCCAACUGAACCCUCCAGUCGACAGUGACACGCCAGUUACUCUGGGCGUCUAUCUUACCAAGAAGGAACAAAAGAAACUUCGGAGACAAACAAGGAGGGAAGCGCAGAAGGAGCUACAAGAAAAAGUCCGGCUGGGCCUCAUGCCCCCUCCAGAGCCCAAAGUGAGAAUUUCGAAUCUGAUGAGAGUGUUAGGAACAGAAGCUGUUCAAGACCCCACGAAGGUAGAAGCCCAUGUCAGAGCACAGAUGGCGAAAAGGCAGAAAGCGCACGAAGAGGCUAACGCUGCCCGGAAGCUCACAGCGGAACAGAGAAAGGUCAAGAAAAUUAAAAAGCUUAAAGAAGACAUUUCACAGGGGGUGCACAUAUCUGUGUAUAGAGUUCGAAAUUUGAGCAACCCAGCCAAGAAGUUCAAGAUUGAGGCCAAUGCUGGGCAGCUGUACCUGACGGGGGUAGUGGUACUGCACAAGGAUGUCAACGUGGUGGUAGUGGAAGGGGGCCCCAAAGCCCAGAAGAAAUUUAAGCGUCUUAUGCUGCAUCGGAUAAAGUGGGAUGAACAGACCUCGAACACCAAGGGAGACGAUGAUGAAGAAUCUGAUGAGGAAGCUGUGAAGAAAACCAACAAAUGUGUGCUUGUCUGGGAGGGUACAGCCAAAGACCGGAGCUUUGGGGAGAUGAAGUUCAAACAGUGCCCGACAGAGAACAUGGCUCGGGAGCACUUCAAAAAGCACGGGGCAGAGCACUACUGGGACCUGGCUCUAAGCGAGUCCGUGCUGGAGUCCACCGACUGACGCUGCUGCGGCCCUGCCUUUCCGCCCCGUGACUCUCUCGUCUUCUUCCUCCUGCCCAGCCCCACUCCGUUGUGUCUGAGCUCAAAACUGUGCCGGCGGUCCUGGGACUCAAGGGGACGUCUGUCCUCCCCCGGUCAGCCUGGUGCUACCCUUUCCCCAUAUGUGCAUAUGAUUAAAGAGUUAUUUUUAAAUGUG